UGAACUUAGAAAAUAGCAUUUUAAGCCAUACUAAACAGGAUUAAAGAUAGACCAUAUUUAAGAGUUUUUGGUUGUGUAAUAAUUUAUUCUUGGUCAAGGGUCAGGCAUGCAAAUUUUCAAUUAAUAAGGCGAAAGGUAUUCUGAGUGAUUAUUCCAGUUAUUGUCUUUUCCCACCAUCAGUGCAACUUUUACGGUCCCAUUGCUCAUAGUUUUAAGCCAAUUUCUUUGCUACUGCUCGGAACUUUCUUUGUAAUUUUCAACACUCUAACCAAAUUAAAGCUAGUGACUAGAGGCUGCUCUCGACAAUGAAAUGCACUUGCAAUUUUUGACUCGUCUUAAUCCCAGCCCCUUUUUUGGGCUAGAUUUCGUAAACGUGCUCAAAAUGUUCAGGAUGACAAGCUCAGAUGCACGUUUAGUCAUGUUUUUAUUUAUCAUGCCGUUUACAGUUCUCUCUACCCAGACUGGUCCAGACGUCCAUCUUAAAACAUUUUGCUGCAAUAAUGCAUUGAACUACACUCGCAACAGUGCAUUUGAGAACAACCUCAAGAUUGUCCUAAAGAGAUUGCCUUCCAUCACUUCAUUAACAGGCUUUAACUACACCUUUUUUGGAGAAGCCUCUGCCAAGGUCUACGGCCAAGCACUUUGCAGAGGUGAUGUCAACUCAAGUGCUUGUCGGACUUGUGUGGAGAAAGCAAGCAAGCAAAUCUUUAAUGAUUGCAUAAGUCGCGGAGAAGCAAUCAUAUGGUAUGAACUUUGCCAAGUUCACUACUCAUUUCAGAAUAUGACUUCCUUGUCUGUCUAUGCAGGGAAGUAUCUAGACCGUGAUUCUAAGGAGAAAUCUGAAUCAGAUCAGGUUCAUUUUUUAAAAUUUUCGAAGUACUUGAUGACUAACCUGUCAAAUGAGGCCGCUUUCAAUCCUUUCAACAUGUUUGCAACUGGGAAAAUCAACUUUUCCAGGAGCAAAACCAUAUUUGCUCAUGUACAGUGCACUAGGGAUAUCAGACCACACGAGUGUUUGAAAUGCUUGAAGUCUGCUAUAACUGAUUUGGAAGGAUGCUGUUCUUCACGGAAAGGUGGAAUGGUUCUUAGUAGGAAUUGUAAUGUGAGAUUUGAGUUGUACCAAUUCUACAAUGUCUCAAAGCACUUGUCGUCCCCAACUUCUAGAGGAAGAAAAUGGAAGGCGGGGCGGAAGGUUGCAUGUGUUGUCUUUAUUCCUAUAACGGUGCUUGCAAUUGUCAUAGGAUCUUGCAUUGUCUUCCUAAGACAUAAAAGAAGAAAAGAAAGAGACGUGGAAAGAAGUCACCGAGCAUUAUUACAGGAAUUGGCAAACCCAAGAGGCGUCACAAUAACAGAAGAAGGCCAGUUCGUAAGUUCUGAGGACCUACCUUUCAUGGCCUUGGAUACUAUAAAAGCCAAGGGUGUGUUAACAGAUGGAAAGGAAAUAGCUGUUAAAAGGUUGUCACGAAAUUCAUGGCAAGGAUUAGCGGAGUUCAAGAAUGAAAUCAUACUAAUUGCAAAACUACAACACCGAAACCUUGUGAAGCUAUUAGGAUGUGGCAUAGAAGGAGAGGAAAAACUGCUCAUAUAUGAGUUCAUGCCUAACAAAAGCCUUGAUGUCUUUAUCUUUGAUGAGGAAAGACGAGAACAGCUUGAUUGGGAGACGUGCUACAACAUAAUUAGUGGCAUUGCUAGAGGACUUCUUUAUCUUCAUGAGGAUUCCCGGCUUAGAAUCAUUCACAGGGAUUUGAAAACCAGCAAUGUGCUACUGGACCAUGAAAUGACUGCCAGGAUUUCAGAUUUUGGCAUGGCCAGAAUUUUUGGUGAAAACCAGAACAAUGCUAACACCAAACGAGUAGUAGGAACAUUCGGAUAUAUGGCUCCUGAAUACGCAAUGGAAGGACUAUUCUCAGUGAAAUCGGAUGUCUUCAGCUUUGGUGUUAUGCUGCUAGAGAUCCUAUGUGGGAAACGAAGUAGUGGCUUUUACCUUACACAACAUGGCCAGACACUCUUGACAUAUGUUUGUAUCAUACAUGACUGCAAUCAAAAUUUCCCUUCAAUUAAUUUUCAACCUAUCAAUAAAAAAAUUGAUGCUUUAAAACUAUAAGCAGUUAAAGUUAUGAUUUUUUUUUUAAUGCAAAUUGACAAUUUGACAGGCAUGGAGAUUGUGGAAUGAAGGGAGAGAAAUGGAAUUUGCAGAUCCUCUGUUGAUGGGAAGGAGCCUUGCAAUAGAAAUUGUGACGUGCAUGCAUAUUGGGCUGUUAUGUGUGCAGGAAGAUCCAGCAGACAGGCCCACAAUGUCAUUUGUGGUUUUAGCAUUGGGAAGCGAACCAGUAGCUCUUCCUCUACCAAAAAAAACCUGCA